AUGAAUUCUGAUUCGAGCUCUGUCUCCAGCAGAGCUUCAUCUCCGGACAUGGAUGAGGUGUACCUGAGAGAACGCCACCACCGCCACCACCAUCACCAGGAGAGUCGUCUCAACUCGGUGUCGUCCACCCAGGGCGACCUGGGGCAGAAGAUGCCUGGGGAGAGCCUCUCCCGGGCGGGCGCCAAAGCCGCGGGAGAGAGCAGCAAGUACAAAAUCAAGAAGCAGCUGUCGGAGCAGGACCUACAGCAGUUGAGGCUGAAGAUCAACGGGCGCGAACGCAAGAGGAUGCACGACCUGAACCUCGCCAUGGACGGGCUGCGCGAGGUCAUGCCUUACGCGCACGGGCCCUCGGUGCGCAAGCUCUCCAAGAUCGCCACUCUCCUGCUAGCUAGAAACUACAUCCUCAUGCUCACAAGCUCCCUGGAGGAAAUGAAGAGGCUGGUUGGCGAGAUUUAUGGGGGCCACCAUUCUGCCUUCCACUGCGGGACCGUGGGCCACUCGGCCGGCCACCCGGCGCACCCAGCCAACGCCGUGCACCCGGUGCACCCCAUCCUGGGCGGUGCUCUCUCCUCCGGCAACGCUUCGUCCCCGCUGUCCGCGGCCUCGCUGCCCGCCAUCGGCACCAUUCGGCCUCCCCACACGCUGCUCAAGGCGCCCUCCACGCCGCCCGCGCUGCAGCUGGGCAGCGGCUUCCAGCACUGGGCAGGGCUGCCCUGCCCCUGCACCAUCUGCCAGAUGCCGCCGCCGCCGCACCUGUCCGCUCUCUCUUCGGCCAACAUGGCCCGGUUGUCUGCCGAGUCCAAGGACUUGCUUAAGUGA